AUGUCUUCCACCGAUUUUACCAUUGACCAGUCCGACAUUGAGAAGCUCAAUGACAAGGACAAGACCGAGCUGCGCCAGUUCUUUGCCAACGAGGAGCACCGCUCCCGCAUCCAGUCCCAAACGCACGAACUCACCGGCAUCUGCUGGAAGAAGUGCGUGACGUCAGGCACCUUCCGGUCGGGGGCCCUCGACAAGAGCGAGCAGAGCUGCCUGGCCAACUGCGUCGACCGGUUCAUGGACGCCAACCUCGCGACGAUGAAGCACCUGGCGAGCAUGCGCCAGCAGCAGUGA